UCACUGAAAACUAAUACUAUUUCGGCACACACCUCGACUUCUUUUUCAAAUAAAUUGAUUCUCGGUUAGGGUUACACCUUCAAGCCUCUCGUGUACUGCACAUGUGUCUAGAAGGAAAAACGGAUCUGAACAUCCGUAUCCAGCCAGAACGCGCGGGCGUGCAUUCUCAACAUUCUCUCCAAAAAUUAAGCAGAAGAUCAAGAGGUAUCGGUAUCGCAAGUGGUCCGGUUGUUGGAAGAAUCAUGAAAAGGAGCUCAUGUAAAGACCUGCGGGAUCAUGAAAAGGAGCUAUGA